AUACAAUAAGUCAUUUCAAAAAGCCUCUUGAAAGGAAAGAUAUUUCGAUGCGCGUCAAAUUAAUAAUUGACUGUCGCUUGUAAAUUUCUUCUGUUGACUACAGUAGUUGUUGGCUUAUGUAAAAGAUAAAAGAUUACGCAGUAUGCAAAAGAUAGCAAGUUUUAGGGAGUAUUUAAGACGAUCAUGUUGAGAACAAUAUCUCAACUGACUCGUGUAGUAGCGCCGUCUCAAAUAUGGCUGAAACAUCAGUCAGAGUGUAGUCUGUACAGUAUAGUUGGUUGCUGCGGUGGCUCACGUAACGAUUUAUCUCGUAUUAUUACGCAUCAGUCUAAAUGUUCCGUGUCUUGCCUAUACAAAACUGCGAAAAGAGAGUUCCAGCAGUCCAGUAAACCUGCUGUCAUCACAUGCAGCGGGACAAAAGAAGAAAAAAUGGCACCAACGCGUGUUAUUCUUAUGUCGUGCGGCAGUUACAAUCCUCCAACCAACAUGCAUUUAAGAAUGUUUGAGAUUGCCAGAGAUCAUCUUCAUAGAAUGGGAACGCACAUUGUGGUUGGUGGUGUUAUAUCUCCUGUACAUGAUGCAUACGCUAAGAAAGAUUUAGCAGCAGCAACGCACAGAUGCGCUAUGUUGAGAUUAGCUUUACAGAACAGUGAUUGGAUUUAUCUUAGUACUUGGGAAACUAGGCAAAAUUGUUGGACGAAGACUAGAAUAACUUUACAGUACCAUCAGAAUUUAUUGAACUCUGUGUUAUUUGACUCAAAUAAUGUUAAACAUAAUAUACCAAUUGAAGAUCUGGAAUGGAUUCCAGACAAUGUAAGAAAUAGUUCUGAUCGUACUCCAAUUCAAAUUAAACUCUUAUGUGGUGCUGAUUUAUUAGAAAGUUUUGGAACUUAUGACCUUUGGGCUGAAGAAGAUAUUGAUGCUAUUGUUGGAGAACAUGGUUUGGUAGUUAUUACGAGGGAAGGUUCUAAUCCAAAUAAGUUCAUAUACGAUUCAGAUAUUCUUUCUAAAUAUAUGCACAACAUAUACAUAGUAACUGAAUGGAUUCCAAAUGAAGUUAGCUCAACUAGAAUAAGGAGAGCGUUUAAACGAGGUGAGAGUGUCAGGUAUCUCCUGCAAGAUGCUGUGAUUGAUUAUGUCUAUAAGCAAGGAAUUUAUGAUGCAAAAUCAACAGCAUCAACAAUUUGGAACUGACCUCGCCCAAUGCGAAUAAUUACUUGACCAUUGAUUCCAAGUAUCAAAGCACCUUUCUCACGCCGUCGCCUAGCGACGUUACCAUGGAAUCCCCGAGUCCGAUCGAAAUUAUAUCCAUCGAUGUGCCUGAUACCGUUCUACGUAAGAAUAUCCAGAAUGCAACGAACGUGGCCUGCGUGGCCUCCCGCCACGUCGGCAGUGGCGGCGGUGUCGGCGGCGUCGGCGGCGUCGGCAGCGGCCUCGAGGAGGCGCGCGAGAAAUUCAUUAACGCUCUCCUCGCCGAGAACGGUAACGCCAAACAUAUAACGACCGCGAAGGCCGCGUAUCCAGGUCUCGCGAAACAGAUCAUCGCCACCGAAACCGGCGAGUCGCAGAUCCUCGACGAGGUAGGUUUCGUUGACGAUGAUAGAAAGGUCAGAAAGGUGGUCAGGGUACAGCCCCGAUCGAGUCAAUUGGAAGAGGUGUCCCCGGUUGUCGCCACCUCGUCGAAACGCGAGAACCUCGUCAAACUUAGUACGAGGCCGUCAAUCGAGGCGAAAGACAGCGUAGCUAAGUCGUCGGAGGCUAGUAGUAGGCUUCGUGUCGAGCACGACGUCGUCGAUGUAGGAUUAGGAGGCGGUAGAAUCAAGGAUCGCGAGGCUAGGUCUUCGAUCUCGUCUUCGACUGUCUCGUCCUCGACAAUAUCCGCCAAAGACAACGGCGGUGGACGCCACGAAGGCGCUUUGUCAGACUUCAGCGUGGACAAAGAGGAUUACAGGCUCACGCGGUAUGGUUUGGACGACGACACAGUCGAAGAUGAUGUCCAAGACGAGCGUAAGGAUUCUCGGUUAGACGAGCAGCGAUUGAGCGAUUCGAUCGAGAGUCAGCAGGAGAGUCUACUGCACAAAACUCAGCCUACCGAUCGAACGGGAAGCGACGAGGUCCACGAUCAGGACGGCUUUCCCACUGAUAGCGUUCGAUGCUCGAACACGCAGGUGUUAGUGUUAGUCAGCGCGAUGAUUCACAAUCCUUUUGACAAGGAAGGUGCGACGUUGAUCGUCGAAGAAAACGGGGUACAGGGUAAAGGUGAGAUCAUGAUAUACAAGGGGGAGUCGGAUGGAAGUAUCGACAAGUUGAGUCUUCUGGUACAGUCGCCUGUUCCGUCGUCCGUGAGCGACGAGAGCACGGUAAAGAUACAAGAGAUAGUCGACGAUGGAACCGAGAUCGUAAGAGGGGAUUCCGACGAUUCGUUGUCUCUAGAUGACAAAUCCUCGAAGCGGGACGUGAGUUUGGAGAUAGACGGUAAGUACGUGAAGUCCGUGGUGAACGCACGCAAGAGUCCCAGGAAGACGAAGAACGGCCAGAUGCGAAUAUACAGCGAAACCGACGACAGGAAAACGACGCAAGAGAGCGAAACGAUGGAGAAGAGCGUGGACUCGGGCACACAGUCCGAGGAAACGUUCUACAAGACUGUAUCGAAAUCCUCGAAGGCUUCCUCGUCAAUGUCGAAGAGUCCUAGGAAAGAAAGUAAGUCGCGAUCAAAUGGUCAAAGAGCGACCAGCUCAUCGCGAUCGAAGAUUCACGAGUCAACGAUCAGUGACGAGAGAACUAGAAAAGUGAAACGAUACGACGCCCCUUUGAAGGGCAGUCUCGAUUCGGUGAUCAAUGCGAACGAUUCCAGAACGGUGUCAAGAAGGAGGUCGAAGACCGAGGAAACGUUCUCGAAGAAAUCGAAGAGCUACGAGUCGAUUAAGAAAAUGCAGGAGGUAUGUUACGAGGAUGCUUCGAAAGCUGACAGUACUUCCCAAUUGAUCACAGCGAACGAACUCGACAUGCAGACGGACGAAUACUGCUCUGUCUGUUGCUACGUGAAUGAAUUAUCCUUGAGGACCGAGGAGGUAAUGGGAACGGAAGAAGCGAUCUUGCGUUCCAACUGCAGUUCCAUCGUCGACGAAGAUUCCACAGAAUGCGAUAUUUGUAGCUCUUGGAAUUUGCAAGAGUCGACCGACACGUUGGAUCGGAAACUCAUUUCCUCGGCGACCGAUUGUGACCAGUUGUGCGAGGUCUGCGAGAUCUGCAACGAGAUCUGCGCCACGUUCAAUCCCGACCAGGAGCCGAGAUCGUACUCUGUCAGGGAACCAAGAGCGUUCGACUUUUCGUCGAGAAGUCUUCCGAAGGAUAGUUCCAGAAUCGGCGACAGUAUCGCGACUGAUCCGUCUUUAGACGAGGACAGCUUCGAGAUCGAGAACUGCGGCUUCCAGAGUGGACCGGAGUCAAUGGACGACCGGAAGUUAGGCGAUCAAAUGAUCGAUAAACAAUUAUCCUUGUCUUUCAAUAUUUCCGACUCGGUUGUUAUUAAGAAGAAAUCACGCGACAAAUAUUUUAUUCCCAAAGACGAGCUGGCUAUCCUGGCAAGCGGCGGCAGACGCAUGAAUCGCAAGGGAUCGUUGUUCCGGAAGAAACCAGCAGAGGAUUCUGUCAAUGUUUCUCAGGACAAGAGGCGUUACUCCUCGGUGGAUAAUCUUCAAUUGGCGAAAACAUCUUCCAGAGGUAACGAGAAAGUUCUCAGGCCCAAGAACAGCAAGGUGAUCGGGUCUGCGGACAAUAUACGCUCUUCCAGAAACUCCAGAAGAUGCAAAUCGUUGCAGAGAUCGGCGGACAAUGUUCGACACGUGGACUCGUCCACGGACAAUUUGGAUUCCUUGGUGGAAAGUUUAGGAAGGGAGGAUGAAACGCCGGAUAACAUGAACUGGACGGAGAAGCCUAAAGUCAGGGAUAACGAAACUGUAAAGAUGAUUCUGACCAAGCACGGAAUUAAGAUAAUCAGCGAGAAGGAAACUGCUCUGUAA